UAUAUACAUUAGUUAAAAAAACGAGUCUAUCAGUGUAUAAUGUCUACCACAAAGUUAUGGAGUUAUGGCACAAGCUCCUUACAUAUCGCAAGAAAAAUGACCAAACUAAACUACAGAAAAGCUCGGCAGAGAAGUCUGAGAGCUCUUGCAGUUUUUUUGGAGAAAGGGCCCCAUUCAGUCUGGAGAAAGAUGCCAUCAGAGUUCUCCUAUUCCGAGAAUGUGAUCAAAGAGGCCGCAAACUUUUAUAUGAUUCAAAGACAGUGGUACGAGUCCCUAUUGCAGAAAGUGCAUCAUCAGGUAUGCCAUCAUGUAAGACAAUUUUCAAGAGCUCCAAAUACAGUGGUUCGUUCAUUACAUCAUCAUCUAGUGGAGCAGGAUCUUCUUCAGCACCAACUACACAUCCCACCCCCAAGAAAAGUUCCUCUGGUCAUAUCAAGUCAGCGUCCACCUCCAGCUCCAAGUCUGAUGUAUUUGCAGAGAUAAAUGGUGGAUAUGGUUAUCAGUAUCUGCAAGCAGAGAAUGAUACAAAGCAUUUGGGAGAGUUUGUGUUUGGAACAGUAGCGUUAGCUUAUAGGGGCUCUUGUUCCAAGUUACACAUCCUUCAAAAUCCCCAGCGGCUGUUGUUAUCACGUUCAUCACCUGCUCCGCGUUCUUACUUGAGGCCAUCUUGCACAAGCAGUGAUCAAGGUAUUGAAGACUCUUCUUUCAGUAGUUCUCUAAGCUCUUUGAGUGAAGCAGUGAUCUCUCACACAGAAAGCCUGGAUAUGCCUUACAUGCAUGGCAUCCAUAGUAAUAUUGGUCCAACUUGGGGAAUAGAUAUGCCUCACAUGCUGAGUACAUCUCAUAGUGAAGGAGAUUCUGGUUUUGGAGGCCCUCCCUCACCAUAUGGAUCAACAUGUGGGUCAUUUUUAUCUCCUCCUUCUCUGCCAAACACACCUUUAGGGACACCAUCUUCAAGACAAGGAUCAGGAAGCAGCUUAAAACAUUCAGGAAGUCUUAAUAGCCUGCAGCGAAGAUUCCUCCGCAAUGUCACUACCUCUUUAGAAGCCUUAGGACGAGAGGGAGAGAUGAAUGAAGAUUCUGUCACAAGCUCUGGUCAUCAUAGUCAUCGUACUACUCGCUUAGGGUUAGCUGUGAUAAUUGACAUUGGAGGAGGCUAUGCUGAAAUGAAUAGACAGGUGGAAGACUGGUUUUUCUUGCAUCUUAGUGUUAUUGAAGCAUCUUUAAACAAACUACAGUCAAGUUUGGAUGCUGCAUACCUCCAUCCAAGAACAUUUGCUUCAACUACCCAUCAAGCUGUUUCACAGUUACAGAAGGAUAUAAUGGAUUUGGUGAGUGGUCCAAGAUUGUGUCGACCAGUAUGGUUAGGAUUACUUGGGAGGUCUUCAUCAGCUGAACGCCAGAUGCUGUGUAAUCAUUUUGUGGACACGCUUGCAUCAGUUCUUGCUAGUUUUGACACAAAGCAUACAAACUUCUUUGUGAGUAAGUUAUUAACAGCAGUAUUAACCCACCAUCUUGGUUGGGUGUCGACUGUAGUACCUGGGGAUUACUUGCCUCUAUCACCAAGACUGGCAUCUAGCACUAGAAAUGGCAGUUGCGGGAUUUCUUCUCAGUCCUCAGCAACAGAAGACAGCUCUGCAUACCAGGCAACAUGGGUGGAACGUUUAAAUGAGUCUCAUCCAUAUAGUGCAGUAUGGGCUCAGUUAUGUGAGUUAAGUGGUGCUGUUGGCUAUCCACCUAAAGCAGCCAGAACCAUUCUAGUUGGGUCUAACUCUGCACUUCUCACCCAACUGCUCACAAUACUCUCGUAUGUCAUUCGCUGUUCUCAGAUAACAGAGCAAGAUAUGCAGUCGUACAGAGUUGGAGAAAGUCCAAGUCCAGAACAUCAGCAGCCAUGUUUUUCUCGCACAUCUUCUGUUGCCUCUGUUGUGACUAUUGUAGAAGGAGGUCAGAAAGAUGGCCAGUCACAAAUUCGCCAUAGUUCAUCUGCUAAACUACACCGAGACUCAAGUAUCAGACGUAGUUGGAGGUUAAACAGGGAGAAUCGAAAUAGCAGGUUCUCUCCACUAGAAUGUCGGACGAACAGUGGUGAUAGCACAGCAGAAAUGGUUGCAGGAGUUAAGGGCCUCAAUGCAAGUGAUGAACAAAUAGGAUCUGUGGUUGAGAGAGGAAGCAAAAUACAAGCAGAAAGUUUGCCUCCAACUCAUUCAUCAAACAAAAAAGACAAAGAGGUUUCUUCUUCUAAGUGGAUGCUUAAUGAUGAUGUUGAAAUUAUAAUAAAUAGGGAGAAAUGCGCAGAAACUUUUAGUACCAAGAUUAAAAGGGAAACUGGGACCUCAGUUGAUGUGGAAAAGUCCUUGUCUACUUGUAAGACUUCUACUAAUCUUGCUUUAUUAGUUGAUGAUUGUGAAGCUAGUCCUAAUGAAUCAUACCCUGUUUAUUGUGGCAAUCAUCAGUUGAAAACUUUCCAUGAGCCAUUCUCAGAACGUUUGUAUCCAUCAUUACAUGAUUUAGAUGACCACAAAGAAACAUUUGGUGCUGUAAGUUUAGAACCUGAUGUCAUUAGUGAAAAGGUACAAAAGCUCUUCAGACCUUCAAAGUGCAAUGUGUCUCAGGAAUGUAAAGCUUUUGAUGAACAAAUAACACAGCUACCUUCAAUUGCAGUAUCUCUAGUACCUGAUGAGAAUGGUUUCAAAGAUACAGUGUUGCCAAUGAAGGAUAGCACAAUUAAUCCUGCACACAGUAAUAGGGCUGACGCUUCUAAUACUGGUUUUCUUAAUGGUGAUAUAUGUGCAUCUUGUUCUUUCAGAGCAACCUCUGUCUCUGAUAAUUCUCAAAACCUUAAUGGGAUUGUUCAUGUGAAUCCAAGCUCAAGUGACACAAUUUGUGAAAAGAAAUCUUCUAGUAGAAUAAUUCCAGCCAAGAACAUUAAACCAGAAAUAGAAGAAGGAGGCAAAGUUUUGUUUUUAUUGGGAGAUAAUGAAAGAAUUGAAGGAUUGAAGAAGCAUUCAAAAGGUUCUCUCCUGCAACCAGACAGUAUAGAACCAAGCUGGAUUUCUUUGGGACAACAUAAUACGCCAGUGAUAGGUUUUGAAAAGUUUGACAAUCUUGCCAAACUUGACCAAACAAAUCGGCCCUCAGAAAAUGCAGUGACACUGCCUGUAGAACCUGUAUACACACAGAUCACAAGUUUGCCUUCGCCAUCAGACGUUAGGAAGAUAGUAAGGACAAGAAAUGUGGGUCGUGAAUCGGCUUUAGAUUUAACAUCAUUUGAAAGAGAAAAUGUUAUAUAUCCCUCCUUAAGUGAGUUGAAAUUAAGUGCUAAGAGUGGUAAUAGCUCAUUAUUAAAAGAAAGGAAGGAAAUCUUUACGAAGACACACAGAAGGCGGCAUAGUGAUCCAACAAAUGGUGAUUGUACUGUAAAAGCACCUUUGUGUUUCUCUCGUUCUUUAAAAGGUGUUUUGGAAGAACAGGCUGCAGAUAUUAAAGCUCUAAGCGAAGUUAAAGAAGGUGCUGUUGGGAGUGAGUGCACUUUGGAAAAGGUCUUGGAAUGUUUGGAUAAUACCAUGAAAGAAGAGACAUCUAGUCCUAUAGAAGUAAUUCCCACAUUUGUAUGUGAGAAAAAUUUAGAUUCGCAUAUGAAAGACAAUACCAUAUCAAAGAACAUAAGCUCCAGUGAUGAUGAACCUGUAGUUUUACAAAUGCCCAGAAUAAGCUGUGGAUUAAGACAACAACAAACGGUAACAAAUAAUGGUUCUGGUUCAAUUUCAAGUAGCAGUUUAGCAUCAUCUCUCUUGGGAGGAGUACUAGACCAUUAUUCAUCUGUAUUUGUGCUUCAUGCCACCACUCAGGUUAACCAAUGGGAGGAUGUACUGAGGCAGGAUCUGUAUGCUGCAUCUCACCAUUCCACUUUGGAUCCACAAGUAUCUGAGGCUGUGGCAGUUGUUGCUGAUACUGAUUCUUGGGAGGUUCAGGUUGUUUCAUCCCACUCUUUUAUUGUGGAAAGGACUGGAUGUGGAAACCAGAUUGGACUUCGAGUUGGAAUGUCACCGUUGGUAUCUGCCAUCACCGAUUCUGUUCUGGAUCUUGCUCGCCUUUCUGUUGAUCCACAGUUUAUCCUGCAACACCUAGAGGAACGACUGUGUGAGUUGUACCUGAAGUCCCAGUUAUUAGCCGAGUAUCUAUUAGGUGGAGCAGCCUGUGGGUUUGGAGGAUCUGAAGCAUCUUUUAGUCCAUAUCACUUGCCAGAAUUGACUCGAGCAUUAGGUUUGGAUCUUAAUGACCUUCCCCUCUUGUUAGCUGUUGCUUCAACUCAUACGCCAGCGCUUACCAGAAUGUUUGGUAUAACCAUUAAGUAAUUUGUAAUGUUCUUUUUGUUGAAAAAACUUUUGGUCAGAUUUGUGUUAAUAGUAGCAUUUGAUCAUCAGAAUCAAAUUGUCCACUAAGUAUGGUGGAGAAUUUUUAAGGCUCUCUAAUGUUUUUUAGCUCCUUUUCUUUAAUGUCUUCUAUUUUGCCUCUAGAAACACAACUCUUACCAAAUUUAGUUUUUGUGUUAUUAGACCAAAGUUUCAUCCAUUUCAUUUGUACACUGUAAUUGUCAUGAGUAGUGUUUAUGUUGGUGAAUGUAAUUCAUCAUGUAAUAUGUCGACCGAAAACUUGUGAAGUAGGGUUUAGAAUUUUUAAAGAAAUAAAAGUCAGUAUGGUUAUUAGUUUCAUCUUAUGUCUAGCUAAAAAAAUCUGCUUGGAGACUAUUUAUAGGGUAGUUCAUGUCUGCCUGGAUGGGGCUUUUAAUUAUUCAUAUAUAUUGAAAGGGACCAAUUUGUGAGUUUCAAGGACAGUUCUCUGUUUUUUAUGGAUUAUAAAGCUAAGAACUCUUGCAAUUUAUAUCAUUGUUAUCAGUUCUCUGCCUAUUAGGUAAAGACUGUAAUUAUUGAACAUAUGAAAAGAACGGGAGAUAGUUUUUAUUGGUUUUUCACGUUUCUAUAGAAAAAUAAUGAAUUAUUGUAACGGCUUUUAUUAGUAAUUAUAAUUUACAACACUUAAUCAUGCCCCUUUCAACUUCAGUGUUGUGACAUAUUAGUUUCAUCUGAUCAUUUCUUUUCUGGAGUGCAUAUCAUUGUAGUAGGUUUUAGUUAUUGUUAUGGUGUAACACCUACAUACAACAGGGUAUUAUAUGUCAGUAUGAACAACAUUAAAUAUAAUCCAGAAAAGAAAAUAUUGUAUUGGGUUUUGUACCAGUAAUUGAAGUGUGGACGUGGUUCAGAAGUCACGUAAAGCUGUUGGUCCUGUUGCUGAAUAACCACUGGUUCCGUGCAACGUAAAAACACCAUACAAGCAAACAAACAAAUUAAACAAAAAGGGUUGGAAGUUUUAUUUGAGUACAUAUUUCUUUUUCCAAAUUUACAGUUAUACAAAACAAUUGAUUUUGAGCUCCAGUUACAAUAAUUCAGUAUCUUAAAACAGUCUUUUGAUAAAUCAUUUUUGGUAACCUUUAUUAAUUGUGUUACAUAUUUCAAUAUCUUCAACCCUUAAAGCCAGAACAGGUACUUUCUUUAAGGUGAAUGCUACACAUGGGAAAGGUAUAUAAAUAGAAGCACAAAAUAAGUUAGUCUUCCAAUUUUUACAAGGUUAUUUCAACAGAAAAUGCUUGGCAAAGAAAGUUUUAUAUUUAAAAUGAAAAUGUCCUGAGAGGGAAUGGUAGAGGUAAAAUACUCCUUGGUGUUGGCUUAAAAGAAAUGGAGUAGUUUCAAGUCAAGUCAUUUUAUAAUUAUGCUAAAGCUGUGAUAUGGGCUGUGAUUUUGUCAGAAUUUGUAGUGGUGUUGAGAUUGUAACAAAUACGUUAGUUAACACAAAGCACAGUAGGUGACUUUGGAUGCAUAUUGGGUGCUUGCUGUCAGUGAAAUCUCAGACAUCAAAACUACUUUUUGUUUGGGAUGCUUUUUUGUGAUUAUUUCAAAGGCUUUUCAGCUUUAAUCCUGGUAGGUUAGCUGUGGGUUAUUUUAAGAGAAAAAUUGACAGGUGUGAGAAAUCAUGAAUAUUGUGGUAUAUAUUUUGUAAAACAGUUGCAUUUUUUUGACAAUGACAAAUAUGAAUUUUAAUCUUCCAUGUUUUUCUCCAAUUCUCUUUUGUGUUAUGCACAGAAAUGUCUAAGCAAUAUUUCCAUAGCAGCUAUAAGCUUUGUUAGAAUUAAAAUGGUAAAAUGAAGUUUUUCAAACGGUACAACGCCCAUUUUAAAGCCCACUUGACUUUGUGGCUAUUAGUAUGUUAUUUGUACUUAGAAUAUAAUGUAGCAGUGCAUUUCAUUUAAUGAUGUAAAUGUUGAGAGAAAUUGUAAUUUUAGGCAGUACAGUAAAUUCUACUUUCUUUUUUCAAUGCCUUUUUUUAGUCUGUAUCAGAAGCACUGCGAAUUAAGUGAGAAAAUAAAUAAUUGAAAAUUAUUUUGAAAUUAUUGUUAUUGUGCAAAAGUUGUAAACUUUUGUAGGUAAAUGGAAAAACCAUAAAGAAAAGUAAAACUUAAAUACAAUAGUACAUUUAUCGGACAAUAAUCUUUUGUCUUUUGUCUGGGAAUCUACAGUUCAUGCAGUUUUCCUUUUGUUUUCUUGUUGAGUUUACUAUGUGAUUUCAUUGUAUAUAGUUUAAUGUUAUGUCACAAAGUAUUUUUUAAUUGUUAUAUAAUAUAUAAAACAAUUUUUUGUAAAACUGUAGACUAGUCAUUUAAAUCUAGAAUAUAUUGUAUCAAUAAAU